AUGUCCUCCCCAGUGGCUCCCUCGAGAACGGCAGAACACGCGCCGCCCCCACUGCACAAUGCACGUCGCUCUUUCACAGUCCCUGCUCGGUUGAGGAGUAGCCCAGUACCAUCGCCGGCUUCGACAAACAGUGCGGACGGCAUAGAGACGCUGGUCGUCUGUCCGCAUUCGAGGAUCGUCUCCUUCACAGCUGCCGCUGCCGCCGCCCUGGCUGUCAGCGAUCAAGUCGGCAUUGCAUGGAGGACGCCCACUGAGCGCACACUUGCUGUCGGAGUUCUGCGCAUCUAUCGCGUGACAGCAUCCAAUGUGUCCUUCCUUAAUUCCGGCAAUCUACUGCACACCAUCUUCCCUCGAUCGCAAUGUUGGUGUGUGGAUGGGCAGUCAGUAUUCGUACUAAGGAUCAGGCAAGACUCCUACUACCGUAUGGAACUACCAUUCGAGACCGAGGAAGACAAGGAGAAGGUCUCACAGAUCAAAUCGGUCCUCGGCCAGGUCUUGCAGUAUGAAAAAACGCAGUGCCCGUUUGCACGAAACUUCAAGGUCAAGCUGCCCGAACGCCCAAAAACUCCACCACGGGAACGGCCAACGAGGAGACCUACACAAAAGGCAAAGAAGUGGACUUUCGAUAAGACAUGGAUGCCCGAGGACGGGCUACGACCUUCUACACCGGUGCUCGAAGGUUCCGAUUCGGCUAAUACGUCUUCGUAUGAAGAGGACGACCGAUCAAGCAUCCACACUGAUACGAGCGACGUUCCCGUUCCUGAGACCCCUGAAACUGUCUUCGAGAACACGCCGCCACCCAAAGUAGUACGAAGGCUGUCGGUUGCCGAGCGCGCACAACUGUUCCAGAGCCCACGUUCGGUUACUGCACCGAUAUCUACUAUAAGAAACAGAUCAGCAUCAACAGCUUCGUCGAUGGGCUGCAUCCCUGAGACAACAAAAGAGGAAACAGAGAACAAGAGCAACGUCAAGCGGGCAGCAUUAGAACGUAAGACGUCCACGGAUGCUGCUAGCCUUCUAUCGAGCGCAGACUCCUUCUACUCCCUGAGCGCGGCUCGGCGCAGUCCCUCACCUCCAUUCGUGGACGCUGAAGCUGAUAUCCUUAACCCAUGGGUGGACACUCCACUGAAGCAAGACGAUACAAGAGGAAGGGCUAGACACCGUCGUGGUGUCUCGGAGCUUACCGUUCGAGCUACGUCCGCAGACUACGUCGACAAGUCUGUUCCUGUGACACCUGUUGUACCACUUCUACCGAUGACAACACCGUCGAUCGAUGUACGCCCCUCAUCUGCACCCCAUACCCCUCCGCUUGUGAGCGACUCCGAUGAAGAUAGUCUUGAGCUUCCAUCGCUAGAUGUACCUACACCGCCGCAUAUGAUUCGCAUGAGGAAGCUCACGGGUGCUUCUCCACGGCGAGCCGUUUCUCCAAUGCCACAACCGCAGAACUUGUGUUUCCCCACCAAGCACAAGCCACACCAAAAGUUUACGACCGCUCUAGUCCGCAAGACUUGCGAGAUUGUUCUUGGUCCCCCACAACAUCUCGUGUCGCUUAUGCUGCGCAUAGCAGCGAGCAUCUCUAAUGGCUUCGGCUUUUCUACUUACCGUGUUCGACGUACCAAGAGCAUACCUGGCUCAUGGGAGUCCAGUGGCGACGAGGACGAAUGGGAAGAAGACGACUUCGGAAUUCCUCUCAGCAACUUGGGGGAGCCGGUCUCACGCAGGACAGGGUACCCUUGUGAGUUGGACUGA